AUGCAUCUGUUUGCUGCUGUUUGUAUCAUGAUGACCAUUUUGGAAGGAGUGGAUAGUUUCUGCCCUUCUCAGUGCAGCUGCAUUUACCAUGGCAUGAGUGAUGGAACCAGAACAAGGUCUGUGCUUUGUAAUGACCCUGAUAUGUUUGAAAUCCCUAUCAAUAUUCCUGUGGACUCUGUAAAACUCCGGAUAGAAAAGACAGUUAUAAGAAAAAUUCCAGCAGAUGCUUUUUAUUACCUGGUGGACCUCAAAUAUCUAUGGCUUACAUACAAUUCUAUCAUCAACAUUGAUAGCAGAAGCUUUUAUAACUUAAAGCAGCUACACGAAUUGCGUCUGGAUGGCAACUUGUUGUUGCGUUUCCCUUGGGAGUCUUUGGCUGAGAUGCCCAAUCUACGAACUCUGGAUUUACACAAUAACAAAAUGACCAGUAUUCCAGUUGAGGCUGGCAGAUAUCUAAGAAAUCUCACUUACUUAGAUAUAUCUAGCAACAAAUUAACCUCCUUGCCCUCAGACCUCAUGGAUAUCUGGCUUCCUUUUUCUGAAACAGCAAUACCCAGAAAUACAGAUACUCUGGUCCACAGAACCGUAUUAGGUCUGCAGGACAAUCCAUGGUAUUGUGACUGUCGUAUUUCCAAGCUGAUUGAAUUUUCCAAAACUGCAGAUAGUGCUCUUAUACUUCUAGAUCCUUUUGUGGCUUGCAAUGGACCUGAAAGCUUGGCUGGGAUCUUGUUUCAAAGAGCAGAAUUGGAGCAGUGUUUGAAGCCAUCAGUAAUGACUUCAGCAACAAAAAUUACCUCACCCCUAGGAAGCAACGUGCUUUUACGCUGUGAUGCAACUGGAUAUCCCACGCCACAACUCACCUGGCUUAGAUCAAACAACCUACCAGUGAACUAUACAGUUAUUCAAGAAAGUCCAGGAGAAGGUGAAAGAUGGUCCAUUAUUAGUCUGACAGGCAUUUCCUACAAAGAUGCAGGAGACUACAGAUGCAAGGCCAAAAAUUUCGCUGGAAUGUCAGAAGCUUCUGUUACUCUCACUGUUAUUGGUGUUGUUACCACAACAGUACCUUCCCCAAAGUAUGGCAAGAAGACAGGAACAGAUCAAGCAAUUACAACCCAAGAAGAUAUCAAACCAGAAUUUUUCAAUGUGACGCUUUCUUCUUCUACAAUAGCAUCUACAACCACCUCUCCUUCUACAGCUAUGGCUACCACUGAAAAAUUAACAACUAAAAGAGGAACUGACACAAAACAACCCGAGCCCAUGCCCAAUGACAAAAAGAAUGGGAACACAGUUGCUAAUGGAAGGAAAAAGCAAUUGGAUGCAUCACUCAGUGUAGAGCCAGCAGAUGAACAAAAUGUUACUCUAAAAAACCUAAGAGUAAUUCCUGAAACCAGUGAAAAAGUGACCUUAAUGUGGAAAAAUAUUGAUGGCUCUAAUAGCUCUGCUUUGACUGUGCUGUAUUCCAAGUAUGGGGAAAAAGAGAAGGUGUCACUAAAUCCAGAUCCCACAAAAAACAAAGUGACAAUAGAUGGUUUGGAGCCCAGCACAAAGUAUAUGGCCUGCGUAUGCCCCACAGAGAUGCUUCCCACCAAAGACCAAUGCAUCAUUUUCUCCACUGAUGGAAUUAAUAUGGAAGACAAAUAUCCUAUUUCUAUUUUGCUAGUAGCUAGUGGGAUAGCCUGUGUAAUAGCAAUACCACUCAUUUUUUUCUUACUAUAUAAAGUUGUGAUGCUUCAUAGGAAACCAACAUUGAUCAAGGAAGAUGAACUUGCAAAAGAGACUUAUAUCAAAUUUGAAACUCUUUCUUUUAGACCACAUUCCAUGGGAGCAAAUGUGGAGAUCUGGACUCACCGAAACACUGAUGAAUCUGAAAGACAACUACUUUGUUCCAGGUCAAGUAUGGAUUCGCAGAUGACCUUCAAAAGUGAAGGUUCUAGAUCAGAGUACUUCUACUAA